GACUUAAAAAAAACCUUCUGCAACAGCACCAGAGACCUUCGGGUGCAACUGCUGCAAGCAUGAUUAAGAAAAUGUCCCCGGCAGAGAACGAGUUCGACAUACCCGCCAAGAACUGCCACAGGAUGGUGAUUCUGGGCUCCACUAAAGUUGGGAAGACAGCCAUCAUCUCUCGAUUUCUGAAUGAGAGAGUUGAAGAUCAGUACACACCUACUAUUGAGGACUUUCAUAGGAAACUCUACAGCAUCAGAGGAGACGUUUACCAGCUGGACAUUUUGGACACAUCUGGAAAUCAUCCCUUCCCUGCAAUGAGGAGGCUUUCAAUUCUUACCGGCGAUGUGUUCAUCUUGGUAUUCAGCCUGGACAACAGAGACUCCUUCCAGGAGGUGCAGCGCCUGAAGCGCCAGAUUUAUGAGACCAAGUCCUGCCUGCGAAACAAAACCAAGGAGAACGUGGACGUCCCGCUGGUCAUCUGCGGCAACAAGUGUGAUAAAGACUUUUACCGGGAGGUGCAGGAGGAGGAGAUCGAGCAGCUGGUUGGUGGAGACGAGCACUGCGCUUACUUUGAAAUCUCAGCAAAGAAGAACACCAACGUGGACCAAAUGUUUCAGACUCUCUUUACCAUGGCCAAGCUGCCAAACGAAAUGAGCCCAGGUCGCCACUGCAAAGUGUCCGUUCAGUAUGGCGAUGUUCUUCACAGAAAGUCCUUCAGAAGCAAGAAGUGCAAAGACGGGAACGCAUAUGGGAUUGUUGCGCCGUUUGCGCAAAGACCGAGCGUGCACAGUGACUUGAUGUACAUAAAGGAGAAAGCCAUAGGAGGCAGCCAGACCAAAGAGAAAGGCUGCAUCAUAUGCUGA